AUUUUACUAUCAUGAUAUUCUGGUAAUAUUGCCAGUGAGAGGUCCUAGAUAUGCUGUUGGCUUAGUAUCUAGAUAUUAAAUCUGAAUUCUUUUUGCAUGUAGUGCAACAAGCUGCAAACACAACACUUACUUCAUUUUAUCACUUCAUAAAGUUAGAAUGGUUAAUGUGUUAGCUAUCAGUUGCAAGCAGACAUCAAGCUAUCUUAACUUUCAUUUAAAGUCCAGUAUUUACUCUUUUUAGCCAUUUUAUCACCCACUAGCACCCCUGAGAGAAAUAUCUGGCUCUUAAGCUGGUAAAUGUUCCAUUUUCUUCACCAGCUAGACGCCAACGUUGUCUGUAUGCUGCUCGUGCUGGGUCGGUAACGUAACUUCCCAUCACAGCUGCCUGCUAUGACGUGAAAAAAACACUGUGAAGAGAUACGAAACUGAAUCAAGACUUGAGGCAGGGGGAAACUUUUUCUGUCAUGUUCCCCCUCCAGAAGCCUAAAAAAGUUCCAAGUGCCCAUCACACACAAACAGAUUGAGUCAUCAACAAUAUUGGGGCAGCAACAAAUAAACAAGGAACCAAGUUGAAUUCGAUCGAAAUAAAAUAGCUGAACUGAUUUCUCUUACGGCCCUUUACCUCUAGCUGCUCAGUGAACUCAUAAUGGGGUCAAUCCUUCUGGAUCACUUUCACCAACUGUGUCUACUUUGGUUUUUGUGGAAUAUAAGGAUGUGUAUAGUGCGGAAGACAGUAAUUUGAAGGAAAUUGUUAUAUGAUGGUUUAUUGCAGUUGUAUACUGGGAGAAUGUAAAGUCCAGGUGUUAUCUCUCAUGAACAGAGAGGAGGUCAGAGUCAACUAGCAAAGACUCUCCAGGUUGUGUUCAGACCUUCAGACGGAUCCGUUGGAAGAGGGGGAAAAGAAGAUGCUUCAAUUGAGGAGCUCAGCCCUCAUUCUGCUGUUGACUCUGCAGUUUGCGGCUGGUUCUUGGGCUCAAAUAUGUGAAGCUCCUGGGAAGAAAUGUGACUUUGUGUGUGACUGUCCUAGCUGCAGCGAUGAGCAAGACUGUGGCUACAGAGGAAAAGGGUUUGAGUGUGACUUUGAGGAUGCAGGAAUGUGUGGAUGGACGGACCAGUCCAUAAAUACAGCAUUGUACAGCUGGGAGAAACGUCAGAGAGGAGACACGCUGCCCGACAGCGGGCCAUCUUCUGACUACACCACCGGGACAGCUACAGGUUCGUUUAUGGGAGUGAGUGCAGUGAGGACAAAGGGUCUCAGUAUUGCAGUUUUAAUCUCUCCUGAGAUGAAACAGUCUUCACCAACUUGUCGCCUUCGCCUCAGAUAUUUCCUGUGGGACUCAGGUCACACAGGGCUGGGCUCCACACCCUUGUGGGCGUCCAUCCUCCACCAGGACUCUCAAGAGGCCAUUGUGUGGCGUCCUGAGGCCACCAGUGUCCGUGGUUGGAGAGAGGCUACCAUCUUUCUGGGCCGUAUUCCCACAACCUUCCGAAUCCGUCUUCACUCGCAGCGCUCUGAAGGGCGAAGGGGCGAUGUGGCGGUGGACCAGCUGGAGUUUCUGGACUGCGCUCUGCCCUUACCACUCCCUGGGAAAGAGUGUCCAGCAGGGAUGAAGGAGUGUAGGCGUGGGGGCUGUGUGGAGCGCCGGCAGGUCUGCGAUGGCAGCGACGACUGCGGUGACGGGACUGAUGAGGAGGACUGUGCAGGGUACCGGCGCUGUGACUUUGAGGAGGGUCUGUGUGAUUGGGACCUGACGUCACUUUCCAAACUGAAAUGGGUAAGGACGAAUCAGAAGAACAUCUCCAUCACAGAUCCUCUGAAAGGACCAGGCAGGGAUCAUUCUAACAACCGUGCGACAGGUUACUUCCUUUAUGUCACUGUCCCUGAUGGUGGUCUCACAAUGGACUGGGCCGCUUUCCAGAGUCCCCUCCUUGAACCCACCAAUAGUUCGCAUCCUUGCAAGAUGGUGAUGUACACUCACCAGUAUGGGCCGAGGUCCGGCGGUCUGACGGUGCUGGUGGCAGAUCGUAACAUCUACCCGGUGUGGAAAAGGGGAGGAGCCCUGGGCGAUGUUUGGGUGAAGGCAGAGGUGGAGAUUGUCACCAACUCCACUUUCCAAAUUUUAUUGAUGGCAGCAAUCAGGGACUUUACAUAUGGAGGUAUCGCUGUCGACAGCAUUGUUUUGUCUCCUGAAUGCCGCUUAUCAUCUGAAAAUAAUACAUGGGCAAAAUUCCCUGAAUCUCCUAAACACCCGUGUACUGAACCGGACAAGAUGUGUGACUUUCAUCCUGACUGUGCAGGAGCAGAGGAUGAGGCCAAAUGUGGGGAUUUCUCUUACACCAACGGCAGCUCAGGCUGGACUGACACCAGCAUUGGGAGUCAAGGUUGGGUGCUGUAUGAAAAUUCUACAUCCAAAGAGGACUACCUAUAUGUAGCUGAGGCCCCAGGUCAGCAGUUGACUGAGGCCCAGACACGGACCCCCCUCUUGGGCCCCUCUGGCCCAGCCUGCACCCUCAGCUUUGAAUUCGCACUAACUGGGAAUCCAGAUCACAUCGGUGAGCUGUCUGUCAGGGUGAUUGACAGCUUGCUGGGCACGCAACCUAAACUGUGGGAGUUCAGUGAGAAGACAGGAACAGAGGAGGGGGCGUGGCAGCACGUUGACCUGCCUAUCGGAGUCAGAAAACAUCGCUUCCAGCUGGCGUUUGAAGCUCGUGCUGUGAAACUUUGUCCAUGUUCCAAGAUUAAAGUGAAAAACGUUCGCUUUGUCAGCUGUCAUGCUGGCUAUUUUCCAUCUUCUCCAACAGGACUGUCAUGUAACUUUGAAACUGGACUGUGUGGAUGGUAUCAGGACAACAGUGACAACUUUGACUGGAUGGAGCUUGAUGGGAUGGACCACACCAUCGGGAUCGGCAGAAGCCUUGUUGUGGACAUGUGGAGUCCUUCUCUGCGCGGUGUGUUCGGACGCUUAGUUUCAUUCACACAGUUACCAGGUCCUACAGAUUACUGCCUGUCCUUCUUCUACAAACUCUACGGGCCAAACACAGGUGCUCUGACUGUGAAGCUGUUAGAUAACAGCGGUUCUGAGAGCGUCCUCUGGACCCGCAGUGGAGCUCAUGGCAACAUGUGGCACGAAGCGCAGUGCCCGGUACCACACCAGCUCACAAAGUUUCAGCUUAUGUUUGAAGCGGUCCGCUCUGGUUUUGACGGACGCGUGGCUAUUGACGAUGUGGCGUUCAUGAGCCAUCCGUGCACCGUGCCAAGGAUGUGUUCCUUUGAAGGCCAGCGGUGUGGGUACAGCAGCUCUGGUAAAGUUCACUGGCUCCACCGCAGUGGACACACAGCCACAACCACUGGACCCAAAACCGACCACACUCUGGAGACUGAACUGGGUUUCUACAUGAUGGCUAACACCGGAGCGAACAUCCUUCCUUCUGGUGGUACGGCAGUCCUCACCUCCCCUGUUCGCCAAGGGACCGCCAAGACUGAGUGCGUCCAUUUCUGGUAUCACAUGGGAGGAGUGAAUCCUGGUUCUCUGACAUUGUAUAUGAAGCCAGUGAAGGGAGAAAGGGUGAAGAUUUUCUCCGACAGUCUGAACCAAGGAGAUGUCUGGCGCCAUGGCAACGGCAACAUCUCAAGUGCCCUCGUGGACUGGCAGUUGGAGUUUGAAGUGGUUGGAGCCGGAGGCAAAAACACUCACAUUGCAGUUGAUGACAUCUUCCUUUCAGCUCACCCAUGUGAAGAUCAAGGUUCUAGGUGCAAUCUGGAGAGAGGGAUGUGUAGCUGGAGCAACACUCAAAAUGUAACAGUGGACAAACUGGACUGGGAACUGACAAGUCAGGAGGCAGAGAAGCACUACUCCACCCCACCUGAAGAUCACACCCUAGGCACGGAAAGAGGUCACUUCCUGUUCUUUCCAAGCAGCAACCGGACGGCAGCCAAUCAAAACGCUAAAUUGCUGAGCCCUCACCUGCCCCCGACCAAAGGCACCUGCCUGAAAUUCUGGGCCUACAAGCCGUACUCAUCGGACAGCGAGUUGAGGGUGUGGAGGCUGUCUGAAGGUCGUCUCAAUCAACUGCUGGUGGUGAGUGAACUGGGAGGGCCGUGGAAACGCUUUGAUGUCAACAUCACAUCGACUGAGGACUACCAGAUUGUGUUUGAAGGACUCAAAGGCACAUCAGGUGUUGUAGCUCUGGAUGACAUUGAGUACACCGUCGGAGUCAACUGUGCUAACAAAGUCACAGAUGUGCUGACAACCUCACCAAUGCGAGACAACGCAGGAGGGAUUGCGGCGUCCGUCAUCGUGGUCCUGCUGCUGAUCGGCACAUUAAUUGCCCUGCUGAUUUACUACCUGCGAACCCGAAGAGUCAAGCCUGUGGUCGGUCAAUCACCAAGCUCAUCUGUCUCAGCCAGUGUCGGUUUCCAUAAUGAAACAUAUGAACCAGAACGUGCAGUGAGUUAAUAUGCCAUCCAAACAUUUGAAAACACAUUUAAAAAUCCAGUUACAAUUGUGCCACGAGUAUAAAAGGAUCGUACUCACCAGGUUAACUACUGAGAUCCGUCGUCAGUUUUAUUUAUGCCAAACACAGCUAAUUAUAUCUCAAGGGGAUUUACAUCCUGUGUCCUGUAAAUCACCCUCCGUCUUAGACCCUCAGUUCAGAUAAGGAAAAACUCCCUUUAGUGCCUUAAAAGGUUCAGUGUGUUAGUUAUAGUGACAUCUAGUGGUGAGAGUUGUGAAUUGAAGUGAGUUGUAUAGCUAUGGUGCCUGAGACAGGAGAGAGAGUUGCCAGUCAAGAAAUUAGGUUU